ACAUACCCUAAGUUCUUUUGAAAAUAUUAACUAAAUAAAAUAAGUGACGUCCGGGUUAGAAAGACGUAUGACCAAAGUUGUUUACAAAACAAAUAUGGAAGACGUGCAGCAAGAGGCAGACAAAAAGAAUUGUACUUUUUUAUUUAAAAAAAGGAAAAUACGAAAUAAAGUAUCAAGAAAGCGUAAAGGACUUGACGACAAUGAAAGUAGCGAAGAUGAAACUACGGUCGUUAAAAAAGAAAAAAAGUACGAUGAACGUAAUCCUAUGAGACAAAGUACAAACACAAAGCGAUAUCAUCACAAAUCUGUCAAUGAUGACAGUAGCGAGGAUGAUAGUGUGACUGUUUCUUAUAAAAGCAACAGGACACCUAUGCCAGCAGGGCCAAGCGAUCAGGGAGCAACUGCCGUUCUGGAAACAGAAACUGAAAAGGACAAGGAUGCUCAAGCUUUAUUUGAGAAGGCUCAGAAGAUUAAUGAAGAGCUUGAAGGAAAAGAAGAUGAUAAAAUUUACAGAGGUCUUAAUAAUUAUGCACAGUAUUAUAAAAAAAGAGAUACUGCAGCAGGAAAUGCAUCCAGCGGUAUGGUUCGUAAAGGACCAAUCCGUGCUCCAGCUAAUCUCAGGGCAACUGUUAGAUGGGACUAUCAACCAGAUAUCUGCAAAGAUUAUAAAGAAACUGGAUUUUGUGGUUUUGGAGACAGUUGUAAAUUUCUUCAUGAUCGUUCCGAUUAUAAACUUGGAUGGCAAUUAGAAAGAGAGGCAGCUACUGGAGAAUAUAACAACAGUGGAGACGAAGAUGACAAGAAAUAUGAAAUAGAUAGCGAUGAAGAAUCUUUGCCAUUUAAAUGUUUCAUUUGUAGAAACAGUUUCACCGAUCCAAUUGUUACAAAAUGUAAACACUAUUUCUGUGAAAAGUGUGCUUUAGAACAUUAUAAGAAGACUACAAGGUGUUACAUUUGCAAUGUACAGACUAAUGGUGUUUUUAAUCCAGCUAAAGAGUUAAUUGCUCGAACUAAAUUAGAGGAAAAGGAAAAAAUUGUAGAGGAGGAUAGUAUGUCUGAUGAUUAAUGGAAAUAUAUAUAUAUAUAUAUAUAUAUAUAUAUAUAUAUAUAUAUAUAUAUAUAUACAUAUAUAUACACACACAUACGUACAUACAUACAUACAUACGUACAUGUAUGCUUUUAAUAAGGAUUUUUAUGCGUAGUUAUAUCGCCUAUCUUCAUAAACAAAGUUUAAUAGCUAUAAAUUAAUAGUUAUAAAAGAAAUAUACGUCUCUCUGACAUAAAGUUUCAAAUAAUGAAUUAGCAUUCCAUGGUAAGAAACUUUUAUCCAAAUAAAAACUUCAGAAAAAAGUUUUAUUACUCAAAGGGGAAUGCUUUUUAUUUAUCGUUGAUGCGUAUUAAAACGUGCAUAAAUAUAAAGUAUUUGUUAUUUUAACGAUUAUUUAAAUGAACAUUCACGAAAAUCAAUCGAAUUGAAAAAAUAAUUUUCUACGAAAUAUACAUAUCGUAUUCUGGCAGAAGGGCAUUAGCGACUUUCGGGUAAGUCGAAAUUAAACCUUUAGCGCAGAGCCAAAGACGAUGAUUCAUCCGUAUUCUAUGAAUUCAAGAUACUACUUGGCUCUCAACUAAAAACGAACAAUGCGGUGAAAACGCCCAGGAUUAUUUUGAAUGAUUUUGGAAAGUGGAAAAAAAAUCGAUUUGUUAAUUGAUCAAGUAUAAAUUGGAAUAAAAUUGUUUUUGUUAAUUUGAAAUGAAAA